GCCCCACAGCCUUGGACACAGUGUACACAGCACAGAGCCUCUGCUCAAAGGGAAACAAGAGACUGCCUGUGUUCCCAUGGCUACGGCCAGCACCUUCAUACCGGGGCUCAACCCUCAGAAUCCUCAUUACAUCCCGGGGUACACCGGACACUGCCCACUACUUCGGUUCAGCAUGGGCCAGACCUAUGGGCAGAUGACUGGUCAGCUACUUCAAGGAGCUCCUGGCCUAGCCUGGCCCCCUGCCUGUCGCAUACUUCUGCCUCCCAUUCGGCCCCCAAGAUCAACCGAGGUUCCUAGGGGAAGCCUGCCUGUCAGGCGUGGGCACAAAAGGCUCAGUUCCAGCAUGAUCCCUGGGUACACAGGCUUUGUCCCCCAGGCCCAGUUCAUCUUUGCCAAGAAUUGCAGCCAGGUCUGGGCUGAGGCUCUGAAUGAUUUUACUGAGUGGCAUGAGGACCAAGGGAGUCAGGAGCUGCCAAAGGAGGUCAAGGGAGAAGGUGUGGAGAAAGACCAAGAGCCAGAGCCAAAGCCAAAGCCAGAGCCAGAGGUGGAGGAGCCAGAGCUGGGGCAGGAGGCAGGACAAGCUUCCCCCUAUUCGAUGGAUGACAGAGAUCCUCACAAGUUCUUCAUGUCAGGCACUGCAGGAAUUUGGACAGAUGUACUCACGGGGCAAAGCCCAGAAGGGUCUCAAACAUCUCCCCCCACUUUCAAAGACCUACCCUCAGAACCUGGGCCUUUUACCUAACUAUGGGGGCUAUGUGCCAGGUUAGGAUGGCCCCAAAGGGAGGCUUUGGGGACUGAAAUAUUUGUGUGUGUGUGUGUGUGUGCGUGUGUGUGUGUGUGUGUGGAGGUGGUUUGGGGGAUUGGAACUAAUAGAUAUGGGGGACCUCAGAUCAUGUAGUUCAGCUUUAUAAUUGGGCAGAAAAGGAAACUGAGGUAGCUCACAGUGGAAAAUUGGCCCAGAUUUUGGAGGGCAGCUUGGAGGGUCUAGGCAACAGGCAGAGAAAUAAAUGGCUUUUCCAUGGCACUGACUACAUGUGACAGACUCUCUUGGCCACACAGGGUAUAAGUUCCAGUUUGGCCGCACAUAUGGGCAUCUCACCCAUGAUGCUCUGGGCCUCAGCACCUUCCAGAAGCAGCUCGUGGCGUAGGUACCUGGAC